ACCUUUCUUUUUCAUUUUUGUCUUUUAAGUUGUCCUGCUUUUCCAGGCAACUUCCAACCGGAAAGAACAAGAUGCCCAAAACAAAACCGUAUCCGGUACCACUCUUGUGCUUCUUUGCUUUGCCUCCAGCUCCACCUAUUUUGGACUUCCUCACCUCAUUUUGCCAAUUCAUCUGGAGGAAUUUUCUUAAUGGCGGACAUUGCAACACUAAUCUUGAGAUCAUAAAGUGCAUAGCAACUCCAACAUGCCGUUGUGUAGAUUAUCAUAGAAAAUUCAAACUAGAUGUGGAGGAUCUCAAAAGCAAAUUGAGAGAUCUAAAUAGCAGAAAAAAGGAUGUAGAAACACAACUACAAGCGGAGGUUUGCUCACAAAAACAAGUCAAGCAACAGGUGGAGGACUGGCUUCAAGAUGCGCAGAGGAUCAAUGUUGAAAUUCAACAGGUGGAGCAAAGGGUGGACAAUGCUUCAUUUCUCUCACGAGCUCGUCUUGGAAAACUUGUUCGUGAAAAAAUUAAUGCUGUGGAUGCAAUUCUUCAACGAGGCAGUUUUCCUGAAGGACUAGUAGUUGAUAAGCCUGCAACUGCUUUGCCUUUACCAGUAGAGAAUCUUGAAGGUGAGGUUUGUGUGAAGGAAAAGAUAUGGGGAUACUUGACGGGCAAUGAGGUCCAAAUGACUGGUGUUUGUGGAAUCGGGGGUGUUGGGAAGACCACCAUUAUGAAGCAUAUCCAUAAUGAAUUACUAUUGAUGGAGUCUAGAUUUGAUAAAGUGAUCUGGGUUACUGUCUCAUAUCCACUCAAUGUGGUUAGAUUACAACAUGAAAUUGCUAAGGGAAUGAAAGAAAACCUCCUAGAGAAUGAGGAUCAGCAAAGGCGAGCUUCAGAAUUGAUGGAGAUGAUGGGAAGGGUGAAAUAUGCAUUGAUAUUAGAUGAUGUUUGGCAAAUAUUUACUCUUGAAGAUGUUGGAAUCUUGAGACCAACAGUGGAAAAUGGUUGCAAAAUAGUUAUUACUAGUAGAAAGGUGGAUGUAUGCAAGUCCAUUGGUUGUGAAAUAGUUAAAGUGUCUCCUCUUUCAAAGGAAGAGUCUUUGAAUUUGUUCUUAGAUAAGGUGGGAAGGGAUAUUCUACAAGUUCCAGAAUUGGAAGGAUUUUGGAAAGCCAUGAUGGAGGAGUGUGCUGGACUACCCUUGGCUAUUGUUGUAAUAGCUGGGAGCAUGAAAGGAGUAACUGAUGUCCAUGAGUGGAGGCAUGCUUUAAAUGAAUUACGUGAAUGCGUAAAAGCUACAACUGAAGGUUCAGAAGAUGAGAUAUUUGAGCGGUUGAAGUUCAGCUAUGAUCGUUUGCAAGGUUCAGAUAUCCAAAAUUGUUUCUUAUCUUGCUCACUAUAUGCUGAAGACUAUGAAAUUAGAAGAGAUAAUCUGGUUGAACAAUGGAUUGAUGAGGGACUUAUUGAAGAAUCAAGGAGUAGACGAGCAAUGCUUGAUAAAGGACGAACCAUAUUAAACAGGCUUGAAAACAGUUGUCUGUUAGAGAAAGCUUAUCGUGAGGACACUAUUAAAAUGCAUGAUGUUGUGAGAGAUAUGGCAUUGCGCAUUGGUCCUCAAUUUAUGGUGAAAGCUCGUAUGAAACUAAUAGAGAUACCAGAUGAGCAUGAAUGGACUGAAAAUCUCGAAAAGGUUUCCUUGAUGCAAAACGAAAUUUCAGAUAUUCCUACAAACAUGUGCCCAAAUUAUCCCAUUCUCACAACCUUGAUGUUGCAAAGGAAUAGCAAAUUGACCCAAAUUCCAGAUUGCUUUUUUGCAAACAUGCAAGGGCUCAAGUGUCUAAAUCUUUCUAAAACUAGCAUUGAAAGUCUACCUCAUUCCAUCUGCAAUUUGGAGAAUCUUACUACAUUGCUCUUGCGUGAUUGUAGGCAAUUAAAACAUGUGCCUUGCUUAGCAAAGCUUAAGGCAUUGAAGAAGUUGGAUAUGUUUAAAGCAGGAAUUGAUGUGGUCCCUGAAGGCAUUGAUAUGCUUGUAAAUCUCCAAUAUCUUGAUUUACGGUGUCCAGAAUUGGUGGAGCUACCGACGCAAAUACUCGGUAACCUCUUUCACCUCCAGCACUUGACAGUAUAUUCCAUAUCGACCACUUUAAAGAUAAAAGGAGAAGAACUAAGAGGAUUGAAGAAGUUGGAGACUUUUGCAGCUCAAUUGAAUGACUUGCAAGUCUUGAACAAUUAUGCUAAGUCUAAUCAUUUUAAAAGAUUGAGUAAUUACCAGCUUGUGGUUGGACAAGUGGAGGAAGACUUUGAUCCUUCUAGUAUUGAUUUCUCUAAAGAAAUAAGGUGUGUGGUUGACAUGGUUACAUCAUCAUCAGCUUUCAUCAAUAACCUUGAACGGCUAUACCUUGAUAAGUUGCCCAACUUGAGUGUUGUUGUGAACGUGGAAGGAGUAGAAGCAACAUCGCCUCACAUCCUUUCCAAUCUUAAAUUAUUUUGGAUGUCGGAAUGUUCAACAAUGAAGAGGUUGUUUUCAUUUGAGCUGCUGCAAGGCCUCCAAAACUUGGAGGAGAUUACAGUUCAGAAUUGUCAACAAAUGGAGGAAAUAAUAGGGUGGGAAGGAGAAGAGGAAAAUCACACAGCUGAUGCAACUACUACUACUACAUUCACUCUUCCAAAAUUAAGACUGUUGGAUUUGCGGAAUUUACCAGAAUUGAAGAGAACCUGCCCCACAAGAGGAGUAAUGGUUUGUGAUUCUCUCCAACAAUUACAAAUACGGGAAUGUCCAAAGUUAAGGAGGAUUCCCCUGGUAGGGAAUGUACGGCCAUCUCCUCCUGCUGCUCUAAAAAGAAUCCAUAUAAAGCCAAAAGAAUUAUGGGAAUCACUGGAGUGGGAAGAUCCCAAUGCCAAAAAUGUCCUUCAACCCUUUGUGUAUUGAGGACUACAAAUGGAAAGUUUUGCAUAAAAUCAAAUGGCCGAG